CUGAAACUCAGAGGCUCAGCAGAUGUCACUGUUGGUGCCAUCUCUAUAAAGAAUGGUGCCCAUAUGGUUCCUGGGAAUGUCCAUCGCUGGAUUUCUCCUUACUGAGAUCAUUGGGGUUCCAGCAGAUUCCAAGAAACUCCUGGGAAGUCAGUUCCAGCAAAAUGCUUUGCAGGAAGCUAUCAAUAUGAUCAGCAAGUUUUAUAAAGAGUUCAGUGAUGGUGAAGGAAAUAUUAAUAAAGCAACACCAGUGCCUUUAGAACUCCAAAACUUCUUCAAGCAGUUAGCAAACGAGAAACAGCAUGCUUCUGAUUCAGUGGAGACUGCCUUAAGAAUCAUCCAACAACAUGUGCUCUUACACCACCCCCAGUGGUCAUUCAAUAUAUCAGACCCUUUAACUUUGCCUGACCUUGAUGAUCUGAUGCAUACUGUAGAGCAUUCAGCAGUUGUUCAAACCUCUGUCUGCAAAAAAGACUGCUGGUCCAACCGUUAUAGAUCCAUCAAUUCCAAGUGCAACAACAGGAGGGCUCCUCACCUGGGGGCAACUAAUACCCCUUAUGCCCGUUGGCUUCCAGCUCAAUAUGAGGAUGGAUUUGCACUUCCAAAAGGCUGGAUUGAAGGGAAACUGUAUUCAGGAUUUCCUCUGCCACUGGCCCGAGGGGUUUCCAAUAAAAUUCUGAAAACAAGUAUUAAAGACAUAAUUGAAGAUCCCGAAUGGACUCAGCUUUUUAUGGAGUGGGGGCAGUGGAUGACUCAUGAUAUGAGUUUAAUCCGCCCAUCUCAGGAUCUUGAAGUGUCCAGUAUUGGCAUCCACUGUGCAAGAUCUUGUAUGCAAAGAAAUCCUUGUUUCCCCAUCAAGCUACCACAUGAUGACCCACGGAAUACAGAUGCUCAUCCGUGCCUGCCCUUCAUCCGAUCAGCUCUUGUGUGCUGCUCAGGGUUUUCGGGCCCGAAUAGAUGUGACCAGAUCAAUAUGCAGACAUCCUACAUUGAUGCCAGCAGUAUUUAUGGUAACACGGAGCACCAGGAAAAGAGACUCAGAGAUUUCACCAGUGACCUGGGCCUGUUGAAGGUCAAUCCCACCUUUACAGACAACAACCUGAAAUACCUGCCCUUUGGAAACCAUGAACAGGGAAGCCCCUGUGCCAUGAAUCACAACAGUUCCUCUUGCUUUAGCCGAAGUGUUCCCUGUAUGUUAGCUGGCGAUAACCGUGCAAAUGAAAACCUGGGAUUACUCAGCUUUCAUACAUUAUUCCUUCGGGAGCACAAUCGCUUGGCGAGAGAGCUGAAGAAGAUGAAUCCACACUGGAGUGGAGAAACAAUCUACCAGGAGGCGAGGAAAAUCAUUGGAGCAUUUCAACAGAUAAUAAAUUACAGAGAUUAUGUUCCCCUAGUAAUUGGUAAGGAUGCAACAGGAAAAUAUCUCCAUCAGUACCGAGGCUACAAUGCAUCAGUAGAUCCCAGGCUCUCUAAUGUUUUCGCUACAGCUGCAAUGCGCUUUGGACAUGUCACGAUUCAGCCAACCAUGAAACGUUAUAAUGAAAAAUACCAGGAGGACCCGAGGUAUCCCAGCAUGCUCCUGCAUGACACCCUUUUUGCUACAGGGAAUUUACUUGAGAAAGGUGGAAUUGACCCAAUCUUUCGAGGCUUGUUUGGUUACCCGGCCAAAUUGCAGUCCCAAAGCUCCAUGAUGCCAGAUGAACUGCGUGAGAAGUUGUUUGUACCACCACACCACAUAGGGCUGGACCUGUCUGCCAUAAACAUACAGCGCUCUCGAGACCAUGGGCUUCAUGGUUAUAAUGCAUGGCGCAGGUUCUGUGCACUUUCUGAGCCCCAAAAUAUUUUGGAUCUUUCUCGCGUCCUUAACAAUGUGGAACUUGCAACUAACCUCCUUAAGUUGUAUGGAAGUCCAGACAACAUUGAUGUGUGGGUGGGGGGCAUCUCAGAACCAUUCAUGGAAGGUGGCAGGGUCGGUCCUCUGUUUGCCUGCUUGAUAGGACAACAAUUCAAGAACCUGAGAGAUGGAGACAGAUUCUGGUGGCAGAACAAAGACGUUUUUACUGCCAACCAGCAGCAGGCUCUUCAACAAAUUUCAUUCCCCAGAUUGAUCUGUGAGAACACCAAGAUUGAAGACGUCCCGCAGGAUGUGUUCAGAUACAGGCCAUUCCCAGAAGGAUAUGUCAAAUGCAACCACAUUCCACGGGUAGACCUGAGUGCCUGGAAAGAGAGCACUAAUGUAAUCCCCUGUGGCUCAAUCCCCAUUGUUGCUGAUGCCCAUUUCUCACUCUGUAAAUCUUUGAUCAGAUACACCUGUAACUCAGGGUUCAAAUUGAUGGGAAAGGAUACCAUAAAAUGUUUGAAUAAUGGCCAGUGGAAUUCUGCACCACCUAGGUGUACAGACAUUUCUAGAAACUUGAAAGGAAUAACAGAUUUCAAAGAAGGUAAAAUAGAACCUCGAUCAGUGGGAUCCAAAGGAGAAACAGCAAAUAUCGAUUUUCUUGAAGAUGGCUCAGAAGUUGAUGCUUGGGCUACAGCCUGAGGCCAAAAUGUUUCUUAACUGUGAGGAUGCAAGGGAGAUGGAUGGGAAUGAGGUUUUUCAUUAAAUAUAAGAAUACAGUUAUGAGGUGGUCUCUCCCCCAGUGCUGAAAGAGUACCCAACGGAAUGGAGUGAGUCUUCCCCUUCCCCUUUUAAAGCAUGGUCUUUGACAAUACAGUCACGGUAUCUAAUUUUAAUCCUGAUGCUUCUUGUAAAUUUGAUCCUGGAGUUUGAGUGAUGAUGACAAGGCAGCAUUUAUUUCCCAUCCUCACUUGCAGAAGGUGGUAGUGGUGAGUGUGCACACCUCAUUCUUUCCCAGAGCCUUGCAGAGUAUUGCUUCCAAAUACAUGUGGUGUCAUCAGCAGACCACAUAAAAUAUUUUCCCCCAAGAUGGUAUUGUAUUGUAUGAAAGUAGUCCCCACAUCUCACCCCUGACUAUACAUGCUCCCCAUUCUCACUGCCCUUUCCCCCACCCCAACCUCUUCAGAACCUCUUUCAAACCAAUUAUAAUUCAGCAGAAAACUGCAGCAGAAAUUUUACAUCUUCUGGGCAUAACACUCCAGUGAAAUAAUCAUAAAUGCUGGAUUUUAAGAAACACUUUUGUUUGGAUGGUUGUAGGAUAAAUUGACAAUUUUGCCAUCAUUACAACCAGACAUUCCAUAAAUAACUUCAUCUACUUUUGCAAUUAUUAGAGUUGCUCAAAUUGACUGCUCCAUUUGCUUAUCUAUUAGUGACUGUGAUUCAAUAGAAUGUAAUAUGCAGGCGCUCACAAUAAAUGCAAGAUCUUUCCAAUGACUACAGGCAUUGUUUAAAUUGAAUAAGCUGUUUUAUUUUGAUGUUAAGUUGUUCUCAGCUAACGCUCUAAUGUUCUAAUCAUUACAAUAUUGGCUGUUCUUUUGCUGUGAUUACUCUUUGCUUGUGUAGAAUCAGUAAAAUAAUGUAGCAGCAACCAAGCUGCAUCCCAUGCAAUUUCUUGUCUGACACAGAUUAAAUAAAUGGUGUUCAUACCAGCA